AUGUCGACACAACCGGAAACGAAAGUCGAGGCCGAAGCACUCGUCCCUCAAUUCAAGCUGGAGAGAGUGCUCAACCAAGCUCGUCGGGGCAAGUGGCUCGCAGGAGUUGAGAUUCUGACCUCCGCGCCACCAGAUCAGAAUGGCAGGCGAAUCUCCCUCGCGGGCAGCAUCGCCGACAAACCCGCGCUCAUCACGCUCGAGCGCGCCGCGCUCCCCACCGACUCUCACCUCGUCACUGUGCUGUUGAAGUCUUUGGGCAACGUGACCAACCUCGGCGCCAACGACAUCUACAGAUGGUACAUGGCCAGUCGGACGAGGACAGAUACGACACAUACAAAUCUAAGCACAAACACGAAUGCAGACGCAACCGCAACCGCCGACGCCCCAUCUCUCCUCGACACCAGUAUUCCCGACGUGAAACUCAACCUCAUCUACCCCUGCACGGCGCAACACAUCAAGAAAUACUCGGCCCAACGCGUCCGCAUGGUGACCGAGACGCCCGACAUCUACGCGCACCACAUCCGUCCGUACAUGGCACGCCAGCGCAGCCCGCCGCGGCUCGACUGGAUCUUCAACAUCCUCGACGGACGCACCGAGCAAGACGACGUCAUCGCCCGCGUGGACUGGGAUAGCCCCUCCGACACGGGUUUUCUCCUCCUCCCGGAUCUGAACUGGGACCGGAAAUCCGUCGAGGGCAUGCACCUCCUCGCUCUCGUGCAGCGGCGCGAUCUCUGGUCGCUGAGGGAUCUGAGGAAGAAGCACGUCCCUUGGCUGAAGGCCAUGAGGCGGCAGAUUGUGAGAGCGGCGGCAGAAACACAGACGCAAAAGCAAACGCAAACGCAAACGCAGGACGUAGCGACCGCCACCGCGGCACCUCCACUCGAAGAGGACCAACUGAAAUGCUACAUCCACUAUCAACCGACGUACUACCAUUUCCACAUCCACGUGGUGCACGCCAUGCUCGAGGCCGGCACGACCCAGAGCGUCGGCAAGGCGUUCGGGCUGGGCAACGUGAUUGCCCAGCUGGAGAGCAUGGCCGGCGGGGACGACGCCGGCAUGCAUCAGGUCGACAUGCAUUAUUUCGUGGGCGAGGAGAGUGAGUUGUGGGGACGAUGUUUUGGGCGGUUAAAAAAGGGGCAGCCGGUCGAUUUGAAUGUACAGGCUUGA